AUGGAACCGGUAGCCAGCCCCGAGGGCACCCAGCUUGUGGGGCCGGGGCCGGGGCCACCCCUGCUGCUGCACCGGGCACCUGGCGAGGCGCUGCCCGCUCCGGCUCGGCAUGUCCGUGUUUUUCCACAAAUUCUUCCAGGAAAGCCCAAGGUGUACCAAGGUGUGAGGGUGAAGAUCACAGUCAAGGAGCUGCUGCAGCAGAGGAGAGCGCGACAAGCAGCCACUGGCUCGGCAGUGAGUAAAAAUAUUGUGCUGUUUGCUUCCCCUGUGGUGCCCACACAGGAAAAAGUGAAAAGUGGCUGUGGGGGAAGUCACCUCGGUGACCUGCACAAGGUUCCCUGGGACAGCAGCAGCAGCAGCAGCAUCCAGUUUGCAGAGUCUGUGUCUCCGCCUCACCCAGAGCCUUUUGAAGCAGAAGCCAUCCCUCCUGUGCCCAGCUGCUGCCCGUCCUGGCAGUUUUCCAGCUGCCUGUCCUGUGAGGAAAGCCCUGGAUACCUGGAGCAGCUGAUCGAUUCCUGCCUGCAGGCAGAUGCACCCUCUGAGCCAGCCUUCGGUGCCUUCCAGCCAUCCCCACACUACACCCCUGACACCUUCCAGCCAGUCCAGCUCUGCUUCAACCAGGGCCUGCUCCAGGCUGCCAGCUCGCCCAGCUCAGCCGACCUGCCCAGCCCGUGGAACUCCAGCUGCUCUCCCCCUCAGCUCUCUCCCCUCACCCCGCUGACCCCCAGCCCACCCUACAGCUGCCCCAUGGAGGAGUGGCCCUGCCACCCCCCGUGUCCCCUGCCCAGCCCUGCCUGCUGCUGCACAGCCUGUGGCUCGCAGAGCAGGGACAGCAGGGGCCAGCAGUGCCUCCCCUGUUCCAGCACGGACUGCACGGAAUUCCUGCCGCCCCUGGCCGUGGCCGAGGACUUCUUCAGGAGGGACAGGAGCUGCGACAUCUGCUACAGCUAAUGGGGGCUGUGGUUUCACACAUCCACUCUAGCCAAAUCAGAUUAAAUUGCCCAUGAACUAUGCAAAGUUGUGCUGCCUAACACAGUCCAGUUUAUUCUUCACUACUUACACGUUUUUUACACGAUGCUGUCACUACAUUGAUCUACGGUCGGGGGGUUUUGUUGGUGGUCUGGUGGUUUGGUGGGGUUUUUUCCCUGUUUUUUUUUUUCAUUGUUGCUGUUUUUGUAAAAUAAAUCUGAAGCUGCCUUAUCAAGCACUUGUUAAACCAGCUCUUUUUGAUACAAAUAAAUC